UGGCAUCGGCACUGACCAUUCGGCAGUCAGAAGCUUGCCGUCGGCCGGUUUGGUCGCGCGAGCAGUAACGAGGUCGGUGCAACGCGUCGAUAUUGUUUCCGUCAUUUGGGUGUGCGUUGGUUAAAUUAGAUGCCCGAUUAUGGCCGCUGCACUGAAACGGGUCGCUUGCCUUACGAGGACGCUCACCGCCUCUUGGCCAGCGCGAUGCCAAGCCUCGAAAAGCUACUUCACUUAUUCCAUGGAACCGGGAAUGCCCAUUCCCGACAAGCAGCCCGUAUGGACUUCGACCGCAGACGAAGCCAUGGAAAAGGCCUGCAUUAAAUCAGACGAUCUGGUGUUUGCCCAGGGCGCAGCAGCCACUCCGCUAGAAUUGCUUAGAGCAUUGACGAAUUACGGAGUAUGCCAAAACUUGGAAAAUGUCAAGAUUGUCCAUAUGCACCUCGAAGGGGAGGCUCCGUUCGCACAACCGGAAGUCGCGAAACACUUCAGAUCUAUGAGCGUUUUCAUGGGGGGAAACGUCAGGGCAGCGGUAAACGAGGGCAGAGCCGAUAGCAUCCCCAUCUUCCUUCACGAAAUUCCAAAGCUCUUUAUGCAAAAAAUAUUGCGACCAAGAGCGGCCCUCAUUCACGUCAGUGCCCCGGAUUCGAGGGGCUACUGCUCGUUGGGAACAAGUGUCGAUUCCGUAAGAUCAGCCUUGGUUAACUCCGAGAUAAUAAUAGCACAAGUCAACAAGCACAUGCCUAGAACAUUUGGCGAUGCUCUUAUUCACCAAAGUCAUUUUGACUAUGCCGUCGAGCAUCACACUCCCCUGCCGACUCACGGAGGUAAACCACCGAGCAAAGUUGAGUCUCAAAUAGGCCAGCUCAUAGCGGACAAUCUUGUCGAGAACGGAGCAACGUUGCAGAUGGGCAUAGGGAGCAUUCCUGAUGCGGUUCUAUCCGCUUUAAAGGGUCACAAAGACCUGGGAGUUCACAGUGAGAUGUUCAGCGACGGGGUCGUCGAUCUUGUCAAUACGGGCUGCAUCACAAAUAAUAAAAAAGUCAGGCACCAGGGACGCAUUGUCGGGUCUUUUUGCGUUGGCACCCAAAAGUUGUACGAUUUUAUGCACAACAAUCCGUUUAUCGAGAUGUUGGUGGUCAAUUAUGUCAACGACCCUCAUAUAGUGUCCCUGCAGCCAAAAAUGACUGCCAUAAAUUCGUGCAUCGAGGUCGACAUCACUGGGCAGGUAUGCUCUGACAGUAUAGGCACCAGAAUGUAUUCUGGAUUUGGUGGACAAGUCGACUUCAUACGCGGAGCUGCUAUGGGUAAGGAUGGCAUGGGAAAAGCCAUCAUAGCGUUACCGUCUGUAACGAACAAAGGAGUGAGCAAAAUACAACCCGUACUGAAACUAGGAGCUGGCGUGGUUACUACAAGAGCUCAUGUUCGUUACGUUGUCACUGAACAUGGAAUAGCAAGCUUGUUUGGUAAAACGCUGCGACAGAGAGCGCAUGCGCUGAUAAAUAUUGCACAUCCCGAUCAUCGGGAAUCUUUGGAAAAGUCGGCGUUUGAACGUUUGAAGUGCAUGCCUUGUCCCUAAGUCCAGACGCACCGAUACACUCUGACAGCCUAAAAUAAUACCUAAAAAUUAUGAUGCUUGUUCCUUUGAAAGAUAGUAAGGUUUAUACGCCAGACGUGAUGCAAAUACGAAGGAACAGUGAUUAUAUUUUUUUAAAACAAAUCACGUUAUCCCUAGCUGAACUCUUGCUGGUAUAACUCAGCUAUAAUGCGCCAAAAUGUAUUUCCUUAACGAUUUUAAUCGUCGUGAAUAAGAGAGCAGCCGAUCCAGACAUUGAAUGUUACAAUCAAAAACAAAACUCCAGGAAUUCCGAUCUUUACAUGGAAGAAACUUGGAGAUAUUGGAUCGUCGACUAAACCAGAAACGUACUGCGUGUCAGUCGCAAUGAGAUUCUAGACCUCGUUUACCAUUUUAUUUUUAACGUCUUACGUGGGUGCAGUUAUCUGUGGAUAGAUAAUGACGAUAGAAGAAAAAAAAGUAUUUAAAUGUCACUGUGUAUAGUAAUCGUAUACACGGAUAAUAAACUAAUACCAACAGGAACUUAGCCUUUUAGUCUCAUGGUUGUCGCAAACUCGAUCCUGAAAUCAUCUUGAUCCUACAGUGAGGGAGAAAACAAACCAGCAAACUACUCUUUAACUGUCCGAUUGGGCGAUGGUUGUAUUAAAAAAAUGUACAUAAUAAAAUAAAAUUUUGCCUUGCGACAAAAA